AUGUUUUUGAAAAAACCCUAUACACUUCUAACCAUAGCUGCAACGGUAACAAGAAUCAUAUUAUGGAGUUCAGAAGUAAGUAAAGGCUUCAUUUUAAAAGAAAGAUCAAUCAUGGGGAUGUUUCAUAGUGGUGUAAACAAAAAUAAUAAAAAGAACAGAAGGAGAUUAACCAAAGAACAAAAUCAGAACGAUGAAAUGAAUGAGAAAAUUAUGACAUCAUCUGAAAAUGAAAAUUAUGUAAAAAAGAAACUAAAAGAUUUUGAAAAAUAUAGAAUAGAAACAUACAGCUCUAAAUAUACUUUUUUUUUUCCAGGACAAGGAGAACAGUACAUAUCCAUGGGUUUAGAUACGUAUAACACUUGUAAAAACUCUAAAGAAAUUUAUGAUCGCGCAAGCAAAGUUUUAGGUUACAAUUUAAUGGAUGUCAUAAAAAAUGGGCCAAUAGAAAAAUUAAAAGAUUCUCAAAUUUCGCAACCAUCAAUUUACACUGUAUCCAUUGCUGCGUUUGAAAAAUUGAAACAAGAAAAUCAAGACAUAGUCAUGAAAUUAAAUUUAUGUAUGGGAUACUCAUUAGGUGAAUAUUCUGCUUUAACAUGUUCAGAAGCUUUACCUUUUGAAGAAGGAGUAUAUUUAACAAAAGAAAGGGGAAGAGCAAUGCAAAAUUGUGCGGAAUUGUAUGAUAUGACAACUAUCGCAGUUGUUGGAUUAACUAUAGAUAACAUUCACAAAUUGAUAGAUGAUGUAAAUAAAAAAAUGAAUGAUGAUAUUUUUAUUGUUAGUUAUAUGACACCUAAAAAAUUCGGUUUAUGUGGAAAACCGGAAAGUAUGGAAUACCUUAACAAAAUAGCAAAAGAAAAAUAUAAAGCUGUUUUUACAAAGAAGUUACAAAUAUCCGGGCCAUUUCAUUCUUCUUACAUGUUUCCAGCUAAAAAAGUUUUAGAAAAUGUGUUAAAGCAAAUAACAUUCAAAAAAUUAAAAAUACCUGUUAUAUCAAAUGUUGAUGGUUGUGCUUAUGACGACCCCUACAUAAUUAAACAGUUACUGCUUCUGCAGUUAACUAGCCCAAUUCAAAUAAAUACUUGUUUGGAAAAUAUUUUAAAACAUGGAUAUAAUUUUGGAUACGAAUUAGGACCGGGAACUAUUAACUCGAACCUGUUAAAAGACGUAUCAAAUAAACAAAAGACUGCAACCCCUUACAUAUAG